CUUGAUCCCGGGAGGAAUCACAUCAUUACCUUCUCUUUUCUCCCCCAUGAUCACCACAUUUACUACUCAAACAACGCCCAAUCAAGCCUUCCAAAACUUUGGACAAUCUAUGCCCAUUUUCCAACAACCCGGGGGAUUUACUCUUUUCAUCCCUGGGAUGUAUCCCCAUGCUCUAGCUCAAAAUACAUCGCUUCCUAACAUGUUGGGGCAUCUCCCUUCGUUUCAACUGGCCAGUACCACCCGAUCGGUCAUCCCGACAAAACCACCCGGGGAGCUGGAAAGGGCAGGCCCUUCUCGGUCUAGGAGGAGCAGAUCCCACAAUCUCCACACUCAGGUCACACCCAACGGGGGCGUGCGCAGCAGGGAUGAAGACUGUGAUAUUCCAAAGGGCCAGAAAAAGCUGCAGGGCAAAGCCGUCCAGCCAGAAGGUUCACGAUGGUCAGUGUUCCAGAGGCUGGGACAUGAGGGGCGGAACCAGAACCGACCGGCCAAGGAGCGGUUGGGGGUAAAGGUUCCCAAGCAAGGCAAAUUCUACAGACUAGAAGGUGACAGGCGACCCGGUCAGACCAGGCACUUUGACCCUCGCCUCUGUGAUGAGCCCCAACACAGCAGGGUGCCUAGAGCAGAGGGCCAGACGGAAAGCCAGCCUAGAGUGGCGAUGCAUACACAUGCUGAACCACCCAGCAACCAAGUGGACAGAGCGGAAGAACGUUUGAAAAGGCUCUUGAAGAGAGUUCGUAGGGAGGAAAAGACAAAAGUGGUGUUGAACAACCGUUUUAUCAUCCGCUAAGACCGGAUAUGUACCAUGCCAAUGUCCAAUAAAGUGAUACUUUUUCA